UGUACAGGUUUGGAAGCGCUGUCCAAGUUGCCCAAUAUAGGAGAUAUAUGGAUGCACAAUAACAAUUUUAGCGGCUCCCUGCCGGCGUCAUUGGGUAAUGCUACCACUAUCACAUCCCUCCUCGUCCACAACCAGAGCGGUAAGGCAUUCGGAGGUACGAUUCCUCCCGAGAUUGGUAAGCUGAAAAACCUCAACACUCUGGAUCUCCGGAACAGCAAUUUCACAGGCAUCAUUCCCCCCCAGCUCGGCAACUUGACUUCAUUACAGAAGAUGUACCUGCACACAAACUACCUCACUGGCGGUAUCCCUCGAGAAUUUGGUCGGCUUCAAAACAUGCAUGAUCUGCAGUUGUACGACAACCAGCUAGAAGGGCCACUCCCGGCGGAGCUCGGAGAUUGCUCUAUGCUCCAGAAUGUUUAUUUGUUUCUGAAUCGUCUGAACGGUUCUAUCCCUUCGUCAGUAGGUAAACUGGCUCGACUUAAAAUAUUUGAUGUUCACAACAACACCCUGUCUGGGCCUCUCCCGGUGGAUUUGUUUGACUGCACAUCACUAACGAAUCUUUCUUUACAAUACAACAUGUUCUCCGGCAAUAUUCCGCCCGAGAUAGGGAUGUUGAAGAAUUUGAGUUCGCUACGGCUGAAUUCCAACAACUUCUCGGGCGAUCUUCCGGAGGAAAUUGUGAAUCUGACGAAAUUGGAGGAGCUUGCGCUCUGCGUGAAUCGUCUUACGGGACGUAUUCCGGACGGGAUCUCCAACAUUACAACCCUACAACAUAUAUACCUGUAUGACAAUUUCAUGUCGGGGCCACUUCCUCCUGACCUCGGACUGUACAACUUGAUAACGCUCGACAUUCGCAACAACUCGUUCACCGGGCCGUUGCCCGAGGGACUGUGCCGUGCGGGAAAUUUGUCCUUCGUGGAUGUACACCUGAACAAGUUUGAAGGCCCCAUUCCGAAAUCCCUCUCCACCUGCCAAUCCCUAGUUCGGUUCCGCGCUUCGGAUAACCGGUUCACGGGAAUUCCUGAUGGGUUCGGAAUGAACUCGAAAUUGUCCUACUUAUCCCUUUCGAGAAACCGCCUCGUAGGUCCACUACCGAAGAACCUUGGAUCCAAUAGCAGCCUCAUCAACUUAGAACUUAGUGACAAUGCCCUAACGGGAGAUCUGGGUUCGUCUUUGGCAUUCUCCGAGCUAUCGCAGCUUCAACUCCUAGACUUGUCAAGGAACAAUUUCAGGGGUGAGAUACCAGCGACAGUGGCAAGCUGCAUUAAGCUCUUCCAUUUGGACUUGAGCUUCAAUUCUCUUAGUGGAGUUCUCCCUGUUGCACUUGCAAAAGUAAAAACAGUUAAGAACUUAUUUCUCCAGGGCAACAAUUUCACAGGGAUUGCCGAACCAGACAUAUACGGCUUCAGCAGCUUACAGAGGCUCAACCUUGCGCAGAAUCCUUGGAACGGGCCGAUUCCACUAGAAUUGGGUGCCAUUUCGGAGCUCAGGGGAUUGAACUUGAGCUACGGCGGGUUCUCAGGAUCCAUCCCCUCAGACCUCGGUAGGCUAAGCCAGCUUGAGAGUCUCGAUCUGUCACAUAACGACCUCACGGGGGAAGUGCCGAACGUGCUUGGAAAGAUCGCUUCCCUCUCUCACGUGAACAUCUCAUACAACCGCCUCACAGGCCCAUUGCCGUCUGCUUGGAGAAACCUCUUAGGUCAAGACCCUGGAGCAUUUGCAGGCAACCCAGGGCUGUGUCUCAACUCCACUGCCAACAAUCUAUGCGUGAACACAACCCCCACAAGCACAGGAAAAAAGAUACAUACAGGGGAAAUUGUGGCCAUAGCUUUCGGCGUUGCCGUGGCAUUGGUCCUGGUUGUAAUGUUCUUGUGGUGGUGGUGGUGGUGGCGGCCUGCUAGAAAAUCCAUGGAACCAUUGGAGCGCGACAUCGACAUCAUUAGCUUUCCAGGGUUCGUAAUCACAUUCGAAGAGAUUAUGGCAGCAACAGCAGACCUAAGUGAUAGUUGCGUAAUUGGAAGAGGCGGCCAUGGAGUCGUUUACAAAGCGAGGUUGGCGUCAGGUACGUCCAUCGUGGUGAAGAAGAUCGACUCUCUAGAUAAAUCUGGUAUUGUUGGUAAGAGUUUCUCGAGAGAAAUAGAGACGGUCGGAAACGCGAAGCAUCGAAACCUCGUAAAGUUGCUCGGCUUCUGCAGAUGGAAAGAGGCAGGGCUGCUCCUAUAUGAUUAUGUUGGUAAUGGGGACCUCCACGCAGCGUUGUAUAACAAGGAGUUAGGGAUAACCUUGCCCUGGAAAGCAAGGCUUCGGAUUGCAGAGGGGGUAGCAAACGGAUUGGCGUGUCUUCACCACGACUACAACCCCGCGAUAGUGCAUCGAGGCAUAAAGGCCAGCAACGUGCUCCUCGACGAUGAUUUAGAACCUCAUCUCUCGGAUUUUGGCAUCGCAAAGGUGCUGGACAUGCAGCCAAAGAGCGAUGGCGCGACCUCGACAUUACAUGUCACGGGAACAUAUGGUUACAUCGCUCCAGAGGCAGGGUAUGGGGCAAAGCCGACAACGAAGUUGGAUGUAUACUCCUACGGUGUGCUAUUGCUUGAGCUCUUGACGAGUAAGCAAGCAGUGGAUCCAACUUUCGGUGAAGACCUGCACAUUACGAGAUGGGUGAGAUUGCAGAUGCUGCAAAAUGAAGAAAGGGUGGCAGAAUCUGUACUAGACUCAUGGCUUCUCAGUACAUCAAGCAUGACAGAAAGAACACAUAUGCUCCACGGACUAAGGCUUGCUUUGCUUUGCACCAUGGACAACCCAUCUGAACGUCCUACAAUGGCAGAUGUGGUCGGAAUUUUACGUAGACUACCUAGAGCAACAGAGGAAGUGUGAGAGUAUCAGUUAUCCCUUUAGGAAUAUUUCGCAUUAAACUACGCGAAAUUCCCUGUGUCUCCCAGUUCCAAACUCUAAUACUUACAAUCCCCAAUUUUUUUCCGAUUUCAAAUGUAAUUGCAGUGAUCAAGGAGCUGAGUAAACUUACGCUCUAUACUCAUCACCGUCAAAAUUCGUACACGAUGUGUACGUAUAAUGGUGCUUAUUUUACAUAUUAACGCCAGUUCCCACCAGAGGACUGUCAUGUAUGUCACAAACAAUAGCAAAAACUAAGAGAUAUACACCUCAAGCCUUGAUAACA